AUGCUCGAAACCUUUUCAUCUUCAAAAUCUCAAAAUUUACCAGUUAAAUUCGUUUACAAUGGGACACAACAAGAAAGAGAAGAGAAAGUAUCAUUAGAACUCACAGAAGAAAUUCUUCAAAGCAUGGAAACUGGCAUGGUUUUUAGAGAUUAUAAUGGAAGAAUCAGUUCAAUGGAUUUUCAUAAGACAUCAAGUUAUUUAGUAACUGCUAGUGACGAUGAAUCUAUUCGACUUUAUGAUGUUGCUGGGGCCACAUGUUUGAAGGCAAUUAAUAGCAAAAAGUAUGGGGUUGAUCUGGUUUGCUUUACAUCUGAUCCUACGACUGUUUUAUACUCCUCAAAAAAUGGAUGGGAUGAGUCUCUGCGGCUUCUCUCGUUGAAUGAUAACAAGUAUUUGCGGUAUUUUAGAGGUCAUCAUGACAGGGUGGUCUCGCUAAGCUUGUGCUCUCGCAAAGAAUGCUUUAUCUCCGGUUCUCUCGAUCGAACUGUUUUGCUCUGGGAUCAACGAGCUGAAAAGUGUCAGGGUCUUUUACGUGUACAAGGAAGGCCUGCUGCAGCAUAUGAUGAUCAAGGGCUAAUCUUUGCAAUUGCAUUUGGAGGAUACAUAAGAAUGUUUGAUUCUCGCAAGUAUGAGAAGGGUCCUUUUGACAUCUUUUCUGUUGGGGGAGAUGUAUCUGAUGCGAAUGUCGUAAAGUUCAGCAAUGAUGGAAGACUUACCCUCUUGACAACUAUGGAUGGGCAUAUUCAUGUACUUGAUUCAUUCCGUGGAACACUUUUAUCAACAUACAAUGUGAAACCAGUUUCAAUCAAUUCCACAUUAGAGGCAUCUUUCAGCCCUGAAGGAAAAUUCGUUGUAUCAGGUUCUGGUGAUGGCCGAGUCCAUGCUUGGAGUGUAAGGAGCGGGAAAGAAGUUGCAAGUUGGGUGACAUAUGAAACUGAGCCACAUGUCAUAAAAUGGGCACCUGGAAGUCUUAUGUUUGCUACUGGGUCUUCUGAACUAUCAUUUUGGAUUCCGGACUUGUCUAAAUUAGCAGCUUAUGUUGGAAGGAAGCAGAGGCAGUCAACUACGCAUUGUAGAAAUCACCUUUCAACCUUUGGAGCUCCUUAUAAGGUUGUAGAUGAUCAGUUGCUUGUGGGCUGUUACAGUAUCAACCUCUUAUCACCAAAGGUGUUCCAGAGAAGGCAUAUUGAAGUUCAGGAAUACAAGUAUUGUCUAAUGUUCCUCAUUGGGGCCUCGGUUCUCCUCAUCCAUCAAAAGUUGAAGGCCAUUAAUGACAUUGGGGUCAUCUCGUGCCAUAAAGUGGGAAAAAUAUAUCCUGCUUCCCUAGGAGCUGCUUUAAGGGCUGCUCAUGGUCGGACAUGUAAUGAAAAUGGAAGUUUUGUGGCAAUUGUAAGCUUGUACGAGGACAAGUUGGAGAAUUCAUCCCUCAGCUGCAAGCUUUCAGUCAGUGCUGGGAAAGUGAGAAUCAAAAACUGGUUUCUGAGUAUACUUUAUGAUGAAGAAGAGAAGGGAAAUAGAGAAUCGCCAUGUCAAGAAGCUGGGACCCUACUGAAGGGUAACAAGUAUCCCCAACAUAGGAACUAUAGAAGCGGCAACCAGAGUGUAAGCAAAUUCAUAGCAACAAAAUCAAACACACAAAAGGAAACACUCUCCCUAUCAGCACGGAAGUAA